AUGGCUACCUCCAGGUCUCCAGGACUCACGAAGCCCUUGAGCCGCGCCGUGGGUGCUUACAAGAAUCAUCUCGUAAACAUUGUCAACGGCACCUUCUAUCGCGAACAUCCUUCUGCAGACAACCAAGACUCUGCCUCCAACCCUCCACUUUUUCCCAACUUGAACUUCUCACUACCGGCAGCAACCCGGGCUCCGGCUGAUGUCCGUGAUCGACCCAAACGAAAAUCACCACAUUGGGCCAUUAUCGCUCCUUCCGAUGGAACUACAUUCCUCGAGAUUCUGCGAGGUUCAUACCUCUGCGUUCCUCCCAAUUCUCGAAAGUUCCCAUACCUCGCUUCAGAAGAAAUAGAACAAAGGGACCAUCGCCUUCGCGUCCCAUCACGCGCAAUUCAAUAUGUUGGUUUCAAUGGUGGUAAAGGCCAGGCAUCAUCUGGUACCAUACGUGGAGCGUACCUUAGUGCCCGCUAUGAGAGUCGAAGAGAGGAGACCGACUGGACUGUUUUACAAUACCUGAAGGGAGAAACGGAAUUAAACCCUGACGAGGAAGCCUCUGCAGAGAGACAUGUUGAUGAGAAGCUCCUCGGGAAAGUAAUGUUUGACCUGCGCCUACAGAAGUUGGCAGAAAUGCCGGUCAGCAAUCUGAGUAACGGACAGACAAGAAGAGCAAGGAUUGCCAAAGCCUUGAUGGGAAAGCCGGAACUUCUUCUACUCGAUGAGCCGUUCAUGGGCUUGGAUCCUCCCACGUUGAUGACUCUCUCACCAAUGUUGAGGGAUAUGGCUUACGAGGCUUCACCACUCCUGCUGCUAGCGCUGCGACCUCAGGACCCUAUACCGGACUGGAUAACGCAUCUUAUCGUACUUGGGCGAAACCACACUGUUGCACUACGAGGCAACAAGGCCCAGGUAUUGUUUGCCUUGGACCGGUGGAUUGGAGCUGCGUCAGCAUCCACUUCCCACCCCUAUAACGUUAAACCAAUACCUCAAGCAUAUAGUAAACUCAUGACGGAGACUUAUGGCCCACCACCACUAGGGGUUGGUGACGUCUUGACCAAAGCUGGUAUUGGACAGUAUCAGCCCUUCCAAAGUUGGAAGGACCCGGCCUUUCUUUCGCGCUAUCUCUUUGAUGACGGAACGGUCAAGCCCGGGAAGAUUAGUAACUCACACCAAAGAGACUUGAUUUCAAAAGCUUUCGCGAAGCGGCCACGCGACAGAACGAUCAAAGACUUGGCUGCACUUGUCACGACAACACCUAAGAGGUUCACUCAAUUUGACUUCGGAUCAAAGCAUAUCAUUGAAAACCGAGACCCAAAUUCUCAGGCUCCUUGGCCAGAAGCAAUUCCAGAUAGAGAUGAUUGGUCAGAUAGCUUGGCCGAAGACACAACUUCUCAAAAGAAUGCAGGAGAGCCCUUGAUUGAGUUGUCUUCUGUUGUUGUAAGAUACGGCUCAAAAACCGUUCUAGGGCACCUACCACCACAACCAGGCUACUCUGAACCAGGCCUCAAUUUGACAAUCCGUCAAGGAACUCGCUUGGCCCUACUUGGUCCCAACGGAUCUGGAAAAACCACUCUACUAUCACUCUUUACCUCCGAUCACCCUCAAAGCUAUUCUCUACCCAUCAAAUUCUUUGGGCGGACACGCCUACCUUCUCCAGGACAGGCGGGUUUGAGCCUGUGGGAGAUUCAAAGCCGAAUUGGACAUUCAAGUCCUGAGGUUCAUGCCUUUUUCCCUAAACACCUCACGGUUAGACGAGUUCUGGAAAGUGCAUGGGCAGAAACCUAUGCCGGCACCCCUAUCCUCAGUCCUGAACGUGAAGCCCUCGUAGAUAAAUUCCUUCGAUGGUGGACACCUGAACUGCACCAGGACGGCGCGGGAACCACCAAGAACGACAGUCUGGAAUGGGCAGCUGACAGGGCUCAACACGGCUUCGGUGUGCUUCCAUUCUCAACCCAGCGCCUCCUACUCUUGCUGAGAGCACUCAUCAAGCAACCGGACAUUGUCAUUCUAGACGAAGCAUUCUCCGGCCUCCCCGGCGAGACCCGAGACAAAGCAAUGGCAUGGCUUGAACACGGCGAGAGUGGAUCGAGCCUCAACACUGGCCGUACAUCUACCGACUCGAAACCAACCACCUCCGAGCCACGCUUCCCAGGCCUCAAACCCAGCCAAGCCCUUGUGGUGGUUUCUCAUGUGAAAGAAGAAAUCCCCGUCGUGGUUGAUGAGUGGCUCCGUCUUCCGGGAGAAGAGGAAGUCAGCGAGUCGGGCCGCGGUAUCGAGCGCGGGUUUGAACCCAAGGGAGGCCUCUCGACACCUGCAGGCUGGAAUCGAGUCUGGGGAGCAAGAGCGUAG